CACAAAAAGAAUACAGAAGAAGAGACACGGAAGUGUGUGUGGGAAAGUAAAUAUACUUGUCAUCCAAGGAGUAGAUAAAUACCGCCUGCGACCAAUCCACGUCCAUAUCCAACCAUGUGAAUGUGACCGUGCGCCUGAAAUAUGAACUUUAAAGCUUGACAACAAUAUUUAUGACCGUAUUCGGUAGGAUUUCUGUGACCACCAUGCCAUAUCUCGGCAAUGAAGACAUGGUGAGGGACCUGAGGAGAGCUCUGUCCAACCCUCACGUCCAGUCUGAUCAUCUUCGUUACAGGAACAUCAUCCUCAAAGUUAUCAGGCUGAUGUCGCAAGGCGUAGAUGUAUCAAGCCUGUUCAGCGAGAUGGUCAAAGCGUGUGCAACAGUAGACAUUGUCCAGAAGAAGCUGGUCUAUGUCUUCUUGUGCUCCUAUGCUGCUUUAAACCCAGAGUUGUCUCUGCUGGUCAUCAACACACUGAGGAAAGACUGCCAGGAUCCAAACCCCAUGGUGCGCAGCCUGGCGUUGAGGAACAUGACCAACCUGAGGUUACCCAGUUUGGUGGAGUAUGUGGAGCAGCCUCUGACAGCAGGACUGAGGGACAGAGCUGCUUGUGUGCGGCGCGUCGCUGUGCUUGGCUGGGCCAAACUGCACAAUCUCCAACCGAAUUCUGAGAUCGAUGUUACAGUGGUGAAUGAGCUAUACAGCCUUCUGAGGGACCCAGAUCCGGUCGUGAUGGUUAACUGCCUUCGCGCUCUGGAGGAGAUCCUUAAGCAGGAAGGAGGGGUUACCAUCAAUAAACCCAUUGCUCAUCACCUCCUCAACAGGCUGAAGGAAUGUGACGUGUGGGGUCAGAGUGAGGUGCUGAAGAUCCUCCAGCGCUACCAACCUCAUUCUGAUGAUGAGCUUUUUGACAUCCUCUCCCUGCUGGAUGCCUCCUUAGUCAGCCCUCACCCUCCAAUCAUGGCUGCCACGCUGAGCCUCUUCCUCAGCCUCUGCUCUGCCUUGCCGGCAGUCAGCUUGGCAGCCCUGGAACGAGUACGGGGUCCCUUACUGGCCGCCUGUGGGAGUGCGUCCAGAGAGAUGAGGUUCACUGUGCUCUGCCACAUCCAGUUGCUGCUGCGGUCGGUCCCUGGCCUGAUGGGGGCACACUACAAACGUUUCUUCUGUGGCUAUGCUGAGCCAGCCUUUAUCAAGCAGAGGAAGAUGCAGGUGCUGGUAGAGCUGGUAAAUGAUGAGAAUGUAGCAAUGAUACUAGAUGAGCUGAAGGAAUACUGCACUGAUGUCAACACUGACACUGCUCAGGCUGCAAUAUCAGCAAUUGGUCGUAUUGGGAGGAGCUAUAGCGACAGAUGUCUAAAAAUCCUUACUGGCCUGCUUGGGCUCAAACAGGAGCACAUCACGUCUGCCGUGGUGCAGACAAUGCGUGAUCUUGUCUGGGUGUGUCCUCAGUGUAGUGAAACUGUAUGUUCUGCUCUGGAGGGGUGUGAGGAGAUACUACAGGACAGCCAAGGCAAGCAGGCCUUGCUCUGGUUCCUGGGAGCAUAUGGCGAUAGAGUCUCCAGCGCCCCCUACACAUUGGAGGUGUUCAUUGACGGCGUGAGGUGUGAGACCUCUCCGAGAGUCAAGAUGGAGUUACUGACUGCCUCUUUGAGGUUGUUUUUAUGCCGUCCUGCUGAGACCCAGGACAUGCUUGGAAGACUGCUGCACUACUGUAUAGAUGAGGAGACAGACAUGUGUGUACGUGAUCAGGCGCUUCUGUACUACCGCCUUCUACAAUGUGGGGUUGAUGAGACACGCAAGGUUCUCCAGGGUCGGAGGUCAGACCCUUCUCUUGGGGUUCUUAUCGGUCGUCCUGCAGAGCCUGUAAGCCAGUGGGCUCACAGUUUCAACACACUGAAGCCUCUCUGGCAGAACACCGCAGAGACAGAAUCAGUCAACAGCGAGAACCGUGAACACACGUCUGACCCCACCUCUGACCUCUCAGAAACUCUGAAUUCACGUCAAGUUGAAAGUGUUCCGACAGACAGUGGUGGUGAGUGUACAGAAGCACCUACAGACGCCUUGGCGACCAGUGCAGUUGUCCCUCUUAGUUUGUUCCCGACUCUCAGCCCGGAGGACUUUGAGCGUUUGUGGCUGCAAGGUGCUGAGCAUGCUGAGGAGGAGGAUUAUGUGUGCAAGACAGAACACAUCCAAUGUCCAGAUGUGACUCACUUUUUGCCACAAAACUUUCAGGCGGCAAUGCAGCUGCUCAACAUCCAGACGCUGGCCUUCACGCCGCCACACGUGCUCCCCUGGAGGGUCUACCUGUACACGCACGCUGCAGCCAGUCCCCGCAGCACGCUCAUCCUGGCAGAGCUGCUUUAUACUGGAGAGACAAAUGAGGAGGGAGGUGCACAUGAAGGCACUGGAGAUAUAGAGAAUGCAAAUGAAGUAGCGGUAGAGGGAAGAGCGGAGGCACGGGUCAGUCGUGAAGAGGAAGAAGCAUUUGCACAGAGGAACAACAUCGAGUUGGAAAGGGAAGACAGACACAUGAAGGAAAUAAAAGUGACUUUAAAGCAGCAACCAAGAGAUGAUGACGCUCUGGGGGGGUUUCUGUCCAUACUCACAACGAUACUGCACACGCUGUCCUCUGAGACAGAAUAAAUGUACAUCAUUAGCAUUUUUCAGCACCGACUUCCCCACAGAAGUUCCAGAAAAAAAGAUCCUGGUGGCUACCUGGACUCAAGGGGGAAUUGUUUUAUCUAGGUAAUUUGGGUGGAAACGCAGUGGGAGGGGGGGGAGGUUUCAAAAGUCCAGGGAAUUUGAAAAGUGCCUUCUGUGGAAAAUGUGUUAUGUACAUUACGUGUUCUCUGUGAUCAAUUUAUGGUGUAGCCACCUCAGCAGGAUUAGCUCUUACCCAACCACAACUAUAAAACUGAACUUUUUUUUAUGCGUUAAAAUGUGCAACAAUUUAGAUAAGGGGUGUGAAACUCGUGCCAUGGAGGGCCGAGACACUGCAGGUU